AUGAAUUUAGGACGGCUUAGUGUGAACCUGCUUGUGUACUGGCUGGUACAAAUAUACGUGGAGAGGAAGCACCUGCAUUGUUACGCCAGCAAUACGAAUGAUCCAAAGCCGCCGCAGACGAAAGAUGAUCAAAAUGGAAAUGCAUCAGUAUUGACGAGCAGUGUGGACUCGCUGGUGGAUAACAUUCUUGAAAUAGUACACUACGUGGAAGACAUGAACAACUACAUCGUCGACUUUAAGAAGGAGUUGCAAAGCAAAUUCGAGUACCUCGUACAACACGACGUCAGUUUGUAUGAGUCGUACGAACACAAUGAAAAUAUAUUAACCCAUAUUUACUCCUACAAUGAGAAUAAGCUACAGAGAUAUUCUAAAUACCUGGAUAAUUUGAAAGAUGUAAAAUUAGAAAUGUUUAAUGACACCAUUAAUAACAUUCAGAGGGAGAAUAUAUACUAUGUCAACUUCGUGUACAGAAACCUUCUCUCCAAGAUUGACUUGCUCAGUGACCUCAACAGGAAGAAAAUGGACAGAGAGAGGCAGAAAAACCUGCGGGAGCUGAACAAUUACCUGGAUGAGCUCAAGAACAAAAUGAUGAGCAUGGAGCAGCAGUUCAGCCAAGUGAUUAAGGAAAAGGCGGAAAACAUACGGAACUGGAACCAUGAGAACAUAAACAGGUUCGAAGCGUCUGCCACAGACUACCUUCAAGGGAACAGCAACUUUGACACCUUCUCCAGUUACGUAAUAAAUGACUUCCUCCUAAGUGGAAAAAGAAUUAAUGUUUUAGAUUAUGAAAAUAAUUCCUUCUUCAAGAGCAAUUUCCUAUACUUCAAUUUUCUACACAAUUAUAUUAAGGAGAGAAAGAAUGAAAAAAUUAUGAAUAUCUAUAUCUAUUUGAAGGACCCCCUGAUAAAGGAGCACGAGUUGUCCUACUUGAAUUACUACGUCAUCGUGGACCUACAUAUCGUGGACACAAUCAUAAAGAAUGUAGAAAUGUUAGCCAAGGCACAAGGGAAAAGCAAAAGCGAUUUUAAUGAUGUGCUUAUCUGUGUGGACAACUACACAGUUAAAUACAACGUACUAUCGAGCAACAUAUAUUUGGGCAUGGAGCCAGAGAUUAAGAACUUUUUUUCGAACAAAAUGAAAAACAAAAUUGAGGACAAGAAAAUCCAAGACAUAUUAGCUGAGCUCCGGAAAAAAAACAGAGCCAAUUAUGAGAAUACCAUUUUUAAUGAUGAAUACUAUAAAAGGAUGGAGAGUAUGGAGAAGGCGAGGGAAAGAGCUUCUGGUGGAGGGGAGAAUAAGCUGAUAAAUAAAAAAGGUCAGCCCAAUGUAUACAUCAUGAAGAAGAAUAUCUUCUUCGACUCGAAGAAGGAGUACUACAAGAAGUUCCUGUCCGUCUACACAUACGAAGAAAUAUUUCGCAUCCUUUGUGGUGACAACAGCAACUGCAGUUCUAAUAUUCUUAAUUCGUUGGACGACGUAAACAAGAGUACAUUCAUUUUGAGGAGUCACUUGACCAUUAAGAAUGAGUUGAAGAAGUUUUUCAUGAUUCACCAGACCGAGUUGCUUAAUAGAAGGCGCAGGGGAGACGGAGAAGAGGCGGAGAAACAGGGGAAGAAUGGACACAGCAAGUCCAGCUGGGCGGUUCAGCCAGGCCUACCAGGUGUGUCGAACCAAGCGGACACCCCUCUCACCCCAAACAUAUGCCCGGCAGGGAAGCAGAACAUAUUCUCCAAUAGCGACAUGUGUCCAAGGGAGGGGGGGAAGGACCCCCAACCCUUCCCGUACAGCAAGGACAACCUUAUUAACAUGGACAAUGUGGACGAUUACUUGAAUACAUAUUAUGUGUCAUAUCACAGUUCAUUCAAGGUGGUGAAGCGGGAGCAGUACUACUCCAUCCUGUCGCACAUAUUUGAGAGCUACCUGAGCAAGGCCGACUCAGCCCAAAUGGCUGGCCAGUUUCCGCACCUAAGAGGGCGCAACCACAUCUCCAUCAACUACCUGGGGAUGAUGCCCGAAAUUGUGAAGGCGUACAAGACGUUCAAGUACUGCAACUCGUUGUACGCGCUCGGGAACACAUACGUCCGAAGGAGGACUCAUGGGGAAUCUGGAAUGGAAGAGGGCACAGAGGAAAGGGACGAUGAUGAGGAUGAUUAUGGAGAUGAUGGCGGUGAAGAGGAGGAGGAAACUGACGGUGAACAUGCGGAUGCGGAGAAAGGAAAGCCAAGUGAAGCCGGACCAAUACAACCGCACAACGAAAUAACAGACGAAAUUGCCUUCCUGAAGAAACACAAUCACAAAUACAUGAAUCUGUUCCAGCAGCAUGUGGAGGAGGAGAUAAAAUUCAUAAACUUCUUCGAAGUGCUCAUAAAGAAAAAAGUAGCAGUCAUCCUGGAGAGAAACGAAUUUUUGAAGUUAUACAUUUUCUAUGGGAAAAAGAAAUUGCCGACGUUGCCAUACACGAACUUGUUCUUUAACUGUAGGACUAUAAUAAAAAUUGAGGUGCUUAGGGAUGUGAACACAAAACAGAUAAUUUACUCAAGUAGGUCUUUCUUCCUGGAGACCUUGAUAACAUUGAAGGAGUAUAAAAUAAAGAACGAGAGCGCAUACAUCAUCAUUGAAACAUCUGAUGAAACGAGCUCCAUUAAGAAAAGACUAAAAAUGGAAAUGCUCUACAGAAUAUCUCCUAUGUCUCAUAUAAAUGCUUAUAUAAUUUCGAACAAUAGAAGGGAGACUGUGUACCACAAGGGUAACGUAUACCAGCGGUCUGCCAAUGACAUCAAGGACGUCAUCAGUGAUAUUCGCAAUGAUUUUCUCAAUAUCAUGUUGCCGCAGUACAAUUUGUUCGACCUGUUCGACAGUCAUAUAUACAUCAUUAUUUGCUUGAAGAACGAGAACUGCUAA